AUGCUCGAUCUACUCAACUCCCCCGUGUUUCCCCUGGAGGAGUUGUCUACACAGACGUAUGUGAAAUUACCCAAACACCCGCAUGCAGAGUCGAAAUCGGUGAAACUAUACAUCAUUUUGGCAGAGCCACACCUAUUCUUGGAGGGAUUCGAGAAGGCAGAGUACCAGUCGAGACCGCCAGCCAUUCUACGUGGAUGCUUGUUUCUCCGGAUCUUGCAUCCAGUGAAAAUUAAAGACAUCACACUCAAAUUUAAGGGUACGUCGAGAACAGAGUGGCCAGAAGGUAUACCUCCAAGGAAAGUUGAAAACAUUGAAGAAAAAGGACUAAUCAACCAUACAUGGCCAUUCUAUAACCAUUUGAAUCACUAUCCUACUUUGCCAAACUCAAGGAACAACGCCGAUAUUUACAUCCCCAAACCAAAUUCAGACGUUUCCAAUUUCUCGCUCGAUGCUUCACUAUCCCCUGUAACGUCCUUCACAGAUAUAAAGCCAAUCAAAUCUCCAACGUCCAUCUUGAAAUCUUUCAGAAGUCCCACUUCUUCUUUGAGUUUGACCGAUAUCAAAUCUUCAAAAUCCAAUUCUGCACUCGACGAAAAAGUGUUCCACCCAGGAGAUUACGUCUAUUCCUUUGAAUUGCCAAUUCAAUCGUCUCUGCCGGAAACUGUUAAUGCCACCUUUGGAUCCAUCUCUUAUUUUCUAGAGGCACACGUGGAGAGACGCGGAGCUUUUAAGACUAGUUUAACUGCUAGACGGCCCGUUAGCAUAAUAAGGAUCCCAUUUGAAAGUUCAAGUGAAGAAAAUGAACCAAUAAUUAUUGACAGAGACUGGGAAAAUAAGUUGCAGUAUGACAUUGCUAUCUAUUCCAAACAGGUCAUUUUGAACUCUUAUUUACCCAUAUCUUUUAGAAUGAUACCACUUGACAAACUUAAGGUUCAUCGUAUUAGGGUAUAUAUAACCGAACAUCUGGAAUAUUAUUGUCAUAACAAAAAAGUUCAUCGCACAGAGCCGCCAAAGAAAAUCUUACUCUUGGAACAUAAACCUGUCAAACCAAACGAUAACUUACUGUCAUUAGGUGAUGAUGAAAUCGGAGGCGUGGAAUUAGAUUUCCAGGUUUUCAUACCUGAAUAUUAUACUGAUAGAUUGAAGUUACACCAUGAUACAUCUAGCGAAGAUAUUCAAGCCCAUCAUUGGAUCAAAAUUUGUAUCAGGAUUUCCAAAUCUGAACCAACCCCAGAAGACCCUGACAAACGCAAACAGUAUGAACUAUCAAUAGAUUCUCCAUUGCACAUUUUGAGCCCCCAUUGUGUCCAUGCAAAUACCUUACUUCCCUCCUAUGACGAGCAAAUAAGACUUGAUUGCACAAACUCGGAUAAUACUUCAAAUAAAACGUUGACACCUAGGGCAGCAGCAACAACAACACCAAUCCAUCCACCCCAAACAAGGCAAUCAAUUGAUAAAAUGAUGACACCAAGGGAGGACACCAUUCUGGACUCUAACUUGUUUAAACCAGACGAUUCAACACCAAUAGAACUGUUGUCAACACAGGCAAAACCAUUUUCACCGAUUGCAUCCCCCCAGUUGAACGCAAUUAACCCAGAACUAAGAGAUUCUCCCAUCAUCAGACCAUUGGAUUUGUCUCCGGUUUCAUCACCAGUCCCAAGACAAUCGAGAUCGAAAACAAGCUCGUCAGCUCGAAGCAGGACAAUGUCUCCAAUGAGUAGAUCGAAUUCUGCCCUGCCGCAUCUGAUGAUGGCAAGGAUGUCCUCACAGUCUUCCCUGCACGAUGAACCUCCACCACCUCCGUUUGUUGAAAACCCACCCUCUUAUGAGGAGGCAGUGAAGAAAUCAUCCCAAACAGCAACAGCAACAACGACAACGACAUCGACGUCACUUUCAGUAGCGACGUCUGUUUCCACAACAUCGAAGCCUAGGACCGAUAGGACAAACUCAACAUCUUCGCAUUCCUUAAAUUCGAACAAUUCGGGAAGUUCAGGAAUUUCCUUCAAAGUUAAGCGUGUUUCACACUCCAAGUCGUCAACUUCUUCUUCACAGAUACCUGAAGGCAGACAAGGCUCUAAUUCUACAACCAACUCUACAUCUGUUUCCAAUCCUUCUGUUAAUCAACACAAAAAUAUAAAUACCGAUAUGGGUACUACAAGGAUCUCACUCAACUUGAGCUCUACCAAAUUACCACAAACAUUGUCUAGGCUAGGGUCUACGAUGAAUAUGAACAAUUCAAGUUCCUCAAUGACACCAACCGAGACGGAGACUCCAUCUAUUUCAUCACAGCUUCAAUCACCACAAGAUGAAGCGGAUGUUAGAGGCGGCACUACUCAGGAGAGAAAUAAACAAAUCCGAGGUCGAAUCAUGAGAAAUACACCAUCGUUUGAUCUGGCACAAGAUACGGAUCUGAAGUUCAAAAUCACACCAAUCAGAAGCCCAAGUGUCUCGCCAGCUCCAUAUAACAGAUCAUCAUCAUCAUCAUCAUCAUCAUCAUCAUCCCCGUCGCAUGUACGCUCUGCAUCCCCCGCACCAAUGGUUGCAAACGACCGCAACUUGAACAAACUAGUGAAAUGUUCCUUCACUCCGGGAUUUUCCAUCCAACCUAGCACUAGCAGUCCCUUGAUCAAUUCAAUCAGUACUAGUGCACCAGACUCUCAACUCCCCAAUAUUAGCAUCACCAAUUCCAAUUCGGAUGGUACCGAUGAGACCAACCAUAUAAUAGACCCCCUAUUAGAAGGAAAUGCCUCAGAUGUCUCAUCCACGGAGGACAUCACCGAAAAUGCGCAUCCUCAUAGCAUUUUGAGUGAUUCGUAUCAUCUACACUCCAAUACACUGGGAUCGUUGAAUACACUAGACAUUAUUCCUACAUCGGGCGACGAGCGGUUGUUGAAAAACAGCCUCAGCGGUCCUUCCUCUUCAACAGCAGACGUCAGCCGUCCCUUCUUUAACGAGACAGCCCUAAACUACCUUGGGAAUAACACGGGAACCACUUUUCUCACCAACUUUGAGGAUACAGACAUCACCAGCAUGGACAAACGUUGA